AUGGUUAAAAAGAAUGAAAAGGGUUCGGACGAAUUACGAACCGCUGUCGAACCCACCGCCAUAAACAAAGUCGGUGACGUUUUUCUUCCCCCUUCCUUGUCCGUGAAAGAGAGCAAUGAUCUCCAUACAUACACAUUCCGUGCUGAUGUGGACGAUUCGGUUUCUCGGACCCAACCGUUUGUUUUGGGUGUGGAUGAGGCCGGCCGUGGUCCGGUGCUAGGACCGAUGGUGUACGCUGUCGCCUUUUGUCCAACGGAGCUGAAGCUCUCGGAGUACGGAUUUGCGGAUUCGAAGCAGCUGACGGCCGAGAAACGGACACAGCUGCUGCAAGCCGUGUGCGACAGGAACAAUCCGGCCAGCACAAGCAUCGGAUGGGCAACCACUGUGAUGACAGCGCGUGACAUUAGCCGUGGAAUGCUACGUCGUGUGGACAAAUACAACCUGAAUGCUCAAGCACACGAUUCCACGAUUGCGUUGAUCCAAUCUGUGCUGAAGGCAGGGUAUAACAUCUCGGAAAUUUACGUCGACACAGUGGGACCGCCUGCCGUGUACCAAGCCAAACUUCAAAACCGGUUUCCGCAGGCCAAAGUGACGGUGACGAAGAAAGCUGAUUCUCUGUUUCCCAUUGUGAGUUUGGCCUCCAUUUGUGCCAAGGUGACUCGUGAUGCGCAUCUUGAACGGACCCGCGAAGCCCUCGACAUCGACAAUUGGGGCUGUGGUUAUUCGUCGGAUUCGCAGACAACGGCCUGGUUGCGCAAGAACGUCCACCCGGUCUUUGGCUGGAAGGGACAUGUUGUCCGGUAUUCGUGGCAGACAGCCAAAAACCUUCUUGAGAUUGGCAAGAACGGUAUGGUCGACAUGGAUUGGCAUGAUGAGCAAGACAAACAGUCAGUGAUCACGAUGCACAAGACGACCACCGACGGACGCUCGUGGUUUGGGAGCUCCGGUAAUUUGUUUGGAGCGUGA